AAAUAACAGAGCCGGAUCCAGACCUUGAGAUAAGCGGGGGGGGGCGGGGCGAUCAUCCAGACCCUUAGAUAAGGGGGGGGGGGGAGGGGCAGGUCUCCAAAAAAUUUUUUUAGACCCUUCGGGCCUUAGUUUGGUCUAGGCCCCCCGGGUCCCUCCCCUGGAUCCGCCACUGAAUAAAACUCAGGGAUGGACCAUGCACCCUCCCAGCAGCAGAGCCGUUCAUCGCUCGCUUGAUCACUUGGUGCACUAAACAAGGAGGUUCUGCUCGAAGCGUGAGAUGGACCAUCAGAAAGUUGUGGGGUUGAGGGAGGGUGAAGUACAAAAUAAAUAUUUCUGCAAGCGGAAAAUAAGCUGACAAAUAAAAAGAAAUGUUAACCAAAAAUGAUAUGUAACAUAACAGUUUUCACCGAUCGAUUUCUAAAUGAGACAAACACAAUGGCUUAGUAUUCAUUAAUCUGCUCGCUGUAGUAUAGCAGGGGCAGCGAUUCCUUUUUCCUUUUUUCCGCCCCGCGAACAUUUAAUUUCGCGUGCAUUUCCCCCUGACUAUCUGAGAGCCUGGAACAGCUCAGUUUAACCAAUGUAAAGAAGUAGGAAUGGUCACGGAUGGAAAAAAGACUUAGUGCCGCGUAUCAGCGACAGAACUGAUGUAAUUGCAGGUGUUCAAUCGAGGCCGCUGAAAUGCGCGGGAACAGAAGACGUGUCAUCUGUGGAACGGACCAUCAUGUUUCUUAAACUGACGUCGCGCUUGUAAGCCACAAAAGGUGGCUGCAUGAGGAAGGACACAUCGAGUUUGCUCAUCCGUUGAUCAGAAUAGAGUGCGAAAGUUCUGUACUAGAAAUCGUUUGACCUUGAUGUUUAAUUAUAACCGGCGGUAUAUGAGAUCAAGGCGUACUCUAUCAACGUUACGUCACGCUUUUAGCACGGGAGCAGCGCGUCAUGACGGCUAAUGGUUGCAUUGAUAUGAGUUACGCGGAUGGGUUUUCAGGUCAUUCUUAAGAUAAAAUGCCACAACAUUAUCGAGAGACAAGAAUUGUAGUAAAGAAAUACUGAAGGUUGUAGCAAUUAAAAGCAGUCAAAGACUGACGGAAGAAACACAUACGCCUGGUCUUUUUGUUUAAGGAAUAACGUUUGUUUUAUAACCUGCUAUUUUAAGUUCGAUCGAGAAGUGAAUGCAGAAAAACCCCAUGUUUAAUGCACACGUGAUAACAUGUGUUUAUAGUUUUGCCUCAAAUUCCUGUUUAGCCUGGGCUUUUAUGGCUUAAAGUCAGCUACGCCCUUUAGUGCUUCCUGUAUUUAACUAUUAAAUAGUGUAGUUCAUGACUAACAACGGCUUGCAUUUGUUAAUGGGAAGAAUAAUGGCUUUACAAUAAUUGACAAGAAAAAACACAUUUUAUUACUUUUAAUCGAUUUUGUCUAGUUCUUGCCAGGGGGAAAAUUUUGUCGGCGGCGCCUUUGAAGAUUGUCCCAUCUCAGGCAACAUUUAUAAACUGUGCGCGUCCAACCAUCUGCAUCAUUUAUUAGGCGUUGAUGAUGACAGGAUAUACCGCUAUUCAUAAGCUCUCUUAACAUUUUCGCCGAAAGCAUAUUAGUUUUGAAAAGUAGGUUGCUUACAAAAGUGACAAUAAACUCAAUUCGGUCAGCGGUCAGCGAUGAUGAUGGCCGCGUUUUUUGAAGCUGGAUAGUUUCGUGUUAUUUGUUUCCUUUUUUGUGCUUAAAUAAUGUAGUGUGCGUGUGUGUGUGCGUGCGUGCGAGUUUGUGUUUAAAUGAAUAACAAAGCUAUAUUAAAAUAAAGUCAGUCCUGUUAAAGGGCCAUAAUUAGUUCUCUAUAAUGUGCCCUUCUCCAUUCUAACUUUCUUUGUUUUUAUUAUGUACACGCAGUUUAAUCAACCUUUUACUAAUUGAUAUUGUACAACUAAUGUAUUAUCUAUAGGAUGGGGUAAAAAUAAAAUACAAAUACAAAUACUCAAUUCUUUUCUCUUUUAAAUGCCUCCCGUCAUUAAACGCCCCUCUAGGAACCCUAAAAGUAGUAAUCGCUAUUAUAUAUAAAUGAAGUGUCACAACGUUAUCGAAAAAAAAAGAGCUGUAGCCAACAAGUACUGAAUUUUGUAACAACUAAAACUGAGCAGUCAAAAGAGUCUGAACAAGCCCUUGUCAGAAGAACCAGCUAGUUUCUCUUUGCCGACAAAAGACUUUCGGUUUUUUCCUUUUUAGCUCGAUCGAGAAGUAAAUGUUGUAAAAACUUCAUGUUUUAUGCACACGUGAUAAUAUGCACUUAUUUUUUCCUCAUAUUCACCUGUUAAGCCUGGGCUUAAUGGCCUGAAGGCAGCUUCGAAUUCGCCUCUGCUUCCUGUGGUUAACUGUCAAACUUGUGUAGUUGAUGAUGGUACUACCAAAGAUAUCAUUUUUUAAUGUGUUAAAACACACUUGUUUAAUCAUCUUCUCAAUCUAUAUUUUAAUACAACCACAUGACCUAAAUGAAGUGUUCUGGAUGGUUUAUAACAUUUUAAUACCCCACUGUUUCAAUUCUGUCAAAAGGUCGGUGGGCGGAUAAUGCCGGAACAUUACAAACAAAAUCACCUAUUGAAGGCCUCAGAGGACAGCUGUGCUGUGGCUUCGCAGGGGGCUUACAAUUGUCAAUAAAAGUUCUGCCACUCAAACAGCAUACGCAAUAUACGGAGCAGUAAUUCAAAGUUACUUGACUGCAUGUGUACGACUCUGUAGAUACGUCGCAAAACUCACCAUGAACUCAACGGCGAACGGAUCCAGCGGAUCUUUGAGCUGCUUCGAUCAGUUAAAUUCCACUGCGCGGAAAAUCGGAGGAACCGUUACCUACUGUCUGAUCUUUAUCGUUUCACUGGUCGCUAAUUCUCUCAUUGUUAUGAUCGUUUAUAAAACGCCGAACUUAAGAAAACCGAUAAAUUUUUUCAUUGCAAACAUGGCCUCAUCUGAUCUGCUGUAUGCAAGACUCUGGGUACCUUGGAGCCUGUCACACUUGCACAGCAACUCGUUUCUUAUAGGUGGUCAGCUCGGUCAGGCCUUGUGUAAACUUGUCCCUUUCUUCAGAAACGUUUCCACUGUCGUUUCGAUUCAGAAUCUGAUUCUGAUAGCCGUGGAUCGCUUUGGAGCCAUGGUGUUUCUACUUCGUUCCCGACUCAUCCGAUCCAAGCUGUGUCCUUUCUUCAUUCUCGCGACAUGGAUAGUUAACGUAGCGGUCAAUUCGCCAUACUUGUGCACCUUGGAGCUCGUUGGACACCCAGAGGACAACCGGUGUCGCAUUCAAUGGGAGAAAGUAUUCGGAGAGUCAUCAUCCUUUGCCAGUUUCCUACUAGCUUACUACAUUCUGUUUAUAUACAUACCUGUGCUGUUGCUAGUCAUUCUUUACUCCAUCGUUGUUAUCAAGCUCAAGACACAGGCACACCCAGGUGAACAGUCCGCCAACAGUCAGCAACAGCGCAACAGAAGAAACAGAAACGUGCUUCAACUGUCCAUUGCUAUCGCAACAGUGUUUGUGUUUUGCUGGUUACCGAACGUUACCAACUUCUUAAUCAGAUAUUAUCAGGACAGUUCCACGCUUUUCUCGUGUAGUUUCUGGCUAUACUUCGAUGUCACCAAUUAUAUGGUUGACGCGUACUGUGCUAUCAACCCAGUUAUCUGUUUCAUGUUUAGCAGUAAUUACCGAAAAGCUCUUAAAAGACUCAUAAAAUGUUCUUUUUUAUAG